GGUUAAGAUAUAAUCCACCUCAUAUGCUUGAAUUACAUCCAACGGUAUCCAGAUGCACUUCACACGAGCACACUCCCGAAGCAAAAUUUUUCCGUCACAGCACCCUAUCAAUCGUCCUUUUUACCCUUCGCACCAGACCUGAGAAAGUCUUCAGCUCAUCGCAAAACCCUCGGUGGCGCCUCCGCGGAGAUUAGGGAUCGGAAUCGUACUUUGACCCGUUUAAGAAGGGGACUCUGAUACUCGAUCGUUUCUACACGCUCCCCAUGUAUCGAACAGCGGCUUCUCGACUCAGAGCUCUCAAGGGUCGGACAAACAAUGUAUUAGGGAAGAGGUUUGCUGCUACAAGUGCUGUUGCUACCCAAUCCUCAUCUGGGGGCAUCUUUAGUUGGCUGACUGGAGGAAAAUCUUCUUCUCUUCCACCUCUAGAUUUCCCCCUGAAUGAUGUUACUAUUCCAUCACCUUUACCAGAUCGCUAUGAAACACCGCCGACCAAGAUAACAACUCUUAAAAAUGGUCUUAAAAUAGGCUCAGAACUUUCAGCAGUAUGAACCCUGAUAAUUGCCAUCCCUUUUUUAUUUGUUAAACCCCUUAGUGAUCCUGCUAGUCACUAUUCUAAUAUGUUUUCCAAAUAUGGCAGAGUCCUGCAGCUUCAAUAGGUCUAUUUGUUGAUUGUGGCUCAAUAUAUGAAACUCCUGCCUCGUUUGGAGCCACUCACCUCUUGGAACGCAUGGCCUUUAAGAGUACAUUAAACAGAAGCCAUCUCCGAGUUGUACGAGAAGUCGAGGCAACUGGUGGAAGUGUUAGUGCUGCUGCCUCUAGGGAGCAAAUGAUUUACACCUACGAUGCUUUGAAAACUUUUGUGCCGCAAAUGGUUGAACUCCUAAUUGAUAGCGUGAGGAAUCCUGCGUUCUUAGAUUGGGAGGUUAAUGAGCAGAUUGCAAAGUUGAAAGAUGAAAUUAGUGAACUUUCCAAAAACCCUCAGCAUUUGCUUUUGGAAGCAGUCCAUUCUGCGAGUUAUUCUGGUGAGUAUGGUAACCCACUUAUGGCGACUGAAUCUGCAGCAAACCGAUUGAAUGGUGACGUGCUGGAGGAGUUUGUCAUCCAAAACUAUACUGCUUCUCGGAUGGUCCUUGCUGCAUCAGGUGUUGAACAUGAUGAGCUUUUGAAGUAUGCAGAACCGCUUCUCUCAGACAUGCCUGCUGUUGCCCGCCCUAAGGAGCCAACGCCUGUGUAUGUGGGAGGUGAUUAUCGGCGCCAAGCUGAAGAAGGGACUACUCAUUUUGCGCUUGCAUUUGAAAUUCCUGGGGGGUGGCUUAAUGAGCAAAAUGCAAUGACUGCCACUGUGCUUCAGAUGCUUAUGGGUGGAGGUGGAUCAUUCUCAGCUGGUGGUCCUGGGAAAGGCAUGUACUCAAGACUAUACCUCAAUGUGUUGAAUGAGUAUCCGCAGAUGCAGAUGUUUAGUGCAUUCACUUCAAUUUACAACACUACGGGUAUAUUUGGCAUCCAAGCAACCACCAGUUCUGAUUUUGCCAACAAAGGCAUUGAUGUUGCGGUAAAAGAACUUCUUGCUGUUGCUACUCCUGGAAAAGUUGAUCAGAAGCAGCUAGACCGUGCGAAACGGGCUACUAAGUCUGCCAUUUUAAUGAACCUGGAAUCUAGAAUGGUUGCAACUGAAGAUAUAGCAAAACAAAUUUCAACAUACGGGGAGAGGAAACCUGUUCAGCACUUUUUGUCAGCUAUUGAUAAAGUAACAGUGGAAGACAUUACUUCUCUUGCUCAGAAAAUCCUUAGGAGCCCUUUAACUAUGGCAUCAUACGGAGAUGUUCUAUACCUCCCAACUUAUGAUGCUGUCAGCCGCAAGUUUCAGUAGAGAAGGAAUUCCGCUUUGUGGUCCACUGUAGAACGACCGAGGCCUCGCUCCAAGAAACUUGAGAAAUUUUGAGCUGCCCAUGGCUUCAGAUGUCGAUAAUAAAUAUUUUUCACUAUUUAAAUUUGACAUUUGAACACAUGAUUUUGCUGCUCAUUAGCAAUAACCCUUGAUGCACGCUCUGUAAGUUCAGAGACAGGCUGACUUGCAAUUUUUUUUGUAAUCUUUUUCGUGUAAUCCUUUAAAUCCAUUGAUAUCCUUAUUGUAACGGUUUAAAUCUCGAGGAUUAUCAAAUAUGAAAGUUGCCUUUUUUUUUUUCGUCAUCUGCUUUCUUGACCGUCUUGACCGUCAGCUGAAAUUUGAUCGACUGCCAAUGACCAUGAAGAGAGGACAACAAAAUCAUCAGCUGAUGUAUAACCAUGACCGUCCGCUGAUUUAUAGAAUGUCAUUUUAUUGAUUACACUCUGAAAACGUGAGAAGUGUCGAUUUAACCCAAACGUUUAUUAUGGUUAUCGAUUCAGUCCAAA